CGGAAGAAAAACCUAGGACCAUUGAUGGUGGAGCAGAGCAAGAAGCAGACAGCAAAUUUCUAUCAGACUGGGCAUUAAAGGAGGAGACUUUCCCGAAGACGACAUUAUUCCCAAAGUGGAAUGUGUCCCUAUCGCAGAAAACGUCGUCAUUCCCAUCAACCCAUUCAAAUCAUCACCAUCAUCGCGUCCCGUGGAAACCCAGAAAAGGAAAAACAGUGAAUAAAGAAUCUGCAAGCGAAGCCGCAACUUAUUAUAAGUUGGGGGAGUCGCAGAAGGGCGGAAAGGUUGUCUUCUGCGUCAAGCUCUCCGAUAUUCAACGGCUGCAGACGCACUGACACGCACCCAUCUCUCUCUCUCUCUCUCUCCGUCUCGGUGGGGGGUGGAGUUGAGGAGAAUAUGGGGAACCCCGCAUAGCCAGCCGCUCUAGCUGAGUUUCAAAUUGACGUAAAAAUCGCUCCUUUUUUCGUCCUCUGCCUCCCUCUGCCUGUCGUUUCCAAUCUCGGAUUCCCAAUCCGACUUCGCCGCGUGUGGGCAUCGCUUGCCCCGUCGAAACUCCAAGUGGGUAUUCGAUUUUCAGCCAUCAUUCCCCUGUUUUCGAUCGCAUUCCACUGACUAUUGACCUCGCCUGGUCUGGUCUGGUCUAGCCGGAGCAUGUGAUUCCUGCAAUUCCUUGUUUUUAGUUGCUCCUCCUUUGGAAUCACCCCAUUGGGUUGAGUUAGUUCAUCAUCACCCAUCAGUUGAUAUAUAUAUAUAUAUAUAUAUAUAUAUAUAUAUAUAUAUGGAGAGAGAGAGAGACGGAGAGAGGACCGGGAGGAUGGGAUUCAGGUUGAAGGAGUUCUGGACGAAGAAGACAUUGGUGGGGCUGGUUCUCGGCCAGUUUCUCUCUCUUCUCAUCACUUCCACUGGCUUUUCUUCCUCCGAGCUCGCUAAGAAAGGAAUCAAUGCGCCGACUUCACAGUCUUUUCUAAACUACGUGUUGCUGGCAAUUGUCUAUGGAAGUAUGAUGCUUCAUCGCAGGCAACCUCUGAAGGCGAGGUGGUACUACUAUGUUAUUCUUGCGGUGGUGGAUGUGGAGGCAAAUUUUCUUGUGGUGAAGGCCUAUCAGUACACAUCCAUAACAAGUGUCAUGCUCCUGGAUUGUUGGUCAAUCCCAUCGGUCAUGCUUCUUACUUGGCUUUUCUUGAGCACAAAGUACAGAUUCAAGAAAAUAGCUGGUGUUCUUGUUUGUGUUGCUGGCCUUGUUAUGGUUGUCUUUUCAGAUGUUCAUGCGGGUGAUAGAUCAGCUGGAAGUAGCCCUCGGAAAGGGGAUGCACUGGUUAUUGCUGGGGCAACACUCUAUGCUGUCAGUAAUGUCAGCGAGGAAUAUCUUGUGAAGAAUGCUAACAGAGUGGAACUAAUGUCAAUGCUUGGACUUUUUGGUGCCAUUAUUAGCGCUAUACAAAUAAGCAUUCUUGAGCGCAAUGAGCUCAAAUCUAUUCAUUGGACAGCUGGAGCAGCACUACCUUUUGUGGGAUUUUCACUGGCCAUGUUCCUGUUCUACUCAUUUGUCCCGAUUUUGCUGAAGAUAAAUGGGUCUACAAUGCUCAACCUGUCUCUAUUGACCUCAGACAUGUGGGCUGUCUUGAUCCGCAUCUUUGCUUACCACGAGAAGGUUGACUGGAUGUACUUUGUGGCCUUUGCUGCUGUUGCAGUCGGUCUGGUUAUUUAUUCAGGAGGAGACAAAGAAAAUGAUAAAAAACGGGCCGAUGUUGCGAAUGAGAAUGUCGAGAGGAGCAAGAGAUUUGAUGAGGAGGCUUGCUCGGUCAGUCGGGAACGAUCUUCCGGCACAAAAACAGAGGUCAUAAGAAAGGAUGAAAUUGCUAGCGGCAGCAACUCAGCUGGGAAGAAUGAGUGCAACACAGAAAUUGUCUUGUAGUUGGUAAAGAUCUCAAGGGAGGCAUGAUUAGUCUUUUUUCUGUCGUAGUGUCCCCAGGAGUUUGGCCUCAAUAACGACUCUCGAUUCAUAUCCAUUGCAAGCGCUAUUCAAUUUGUAGUGUGGGAGAAAUGCUGUUUAUCUCUGCAUCUUCAAUAUUCACAGAAGCUACCUUCUAAUAA